AUGAAUUCGGUUUAUCACAUAUUCGUUCGUCGUUUAUCAACACAACAAAAACAUUACAAAUUAGUUAUUAUUGGUGCUGGUUGUGGUGGUUUGGCAUGUGCAUCGAAAUUUGCAAAAAAAUUGUCCAAAGAUCAAAUCGCCAUUAUUGAUAAAAACGACACGCAUGUUUAUCAACCAGGUUGGACAUUAGCGGGUGCUGGAUUAAAGACUCCGGAUGAACUUGAAAAGCCACAGUCACAGUGCAUUCCAACGAACACAACUUGGAUUCAAUCGAAUGCAAAUCAAAUCGAACCGGAAAAGAAUUUUGUUCAAUUAGAAAAUGGCAGCAAAAUUUCAUAUGAUUAUCUAAUCGUUGCUUCCGGUAUUCAAACGCGACUUGAUAAAAUCAAAGGAGCCAUUGAAGCAUUAGACAAUCAUCCUCAACAUGUUGUUAGCAUGUACUCAAGAAAAUACGUUCGUAAUGUUUAUAAUACACUGAAUCAUUUUCGCGGUGGUCAAGCGAUAUUUACAUUUCCUUCGACUCCGAUUAAAUGUCCUGGCGCACCACAAAAGAUAAUGUAUCUUGCUGAUGACAUAUUUCGAAGAAACAAUGUUCGCGACAAAACAACAAUUUCUUAUAAUACAGCAUUACCAGUUAUUUUUGGUGUGAAGAAAUACGCAGCAGCGUUAAUGGAAAUUGUCAAGGCCAAAAAUAUUCAAUUAAAUACGCGAUUAAAUCUCGUAGAAGUAUGUGCUGACAAGAAAGAAGCUAUUUUUGAAAAUCUGGAUCAACCUGGCACAAUGAAAACCUUUAAAUAUGAUCUGUUGCAUAUUGCCGCACCGAUGACACCGUACGAAUUCUUAGCUAAAUCUUCAUUAGCUGAUGCAAAUGGUUUUGUCGAUGUAAUCAAAGAAACAUUACAACAUAAGAAAUUCUCCAAUGUUUUCGCUAUUGGAGAUUGUACAAAUCUUCCGACUAGUAAAACCGCUGCAGCUAUUGCUGCAUCGAAUUCGAUUCUAGUUCGAAAUUUAACAAAUAUCAUGGAAGGAAAAUCUGAUGCUGUUCCAAAAUACGAUGGAUAUACAAGUUGUCCACUUGUAACUGGUUUCAAUAAAUGCAUUCUCGCUGAAUUCGAUUUUGAUGGUCAACCAUUGGAAACACUACCGAUCAAUCAAGCAAAAGAACGUUUCUUGUCAUACAUAAUGAAGAAGGAUAUGAUGCCAAAUUUGUAUUGGAAUAUGUUAAUUAGAGGUACAUGGAACGGACCAGCAGUAUUCAGAAAAUUGUUUCAUCUUGGGAUGUCUAAAUGA